UAUCUCAUAGUCGCGGCCGCCAUUUUGGAGUGAAAAUGCUAACUGGACAACAGCGCAGAAACACGCCGUAAAACUCCAACGAAGAAGCACAGAAACACAAAAGCAAACAGAAUGACAACGAAAGAGAAGGCAAAGUGGAAUAAAAGAACACAAUGUUCGGCAAUUCACUGCAAAAACUAUCAGUGUAACAGUACAGAUCUUGCCUUUCAUCGUUUUCCCAAAGACCCUGACAGGUGUGCCAGGUGGGUGCUGCAUCUCAGGAACGCAUCUUUGUUGGGGAUCAGCCCUCUGCAGCUCAAUCAAAACUACAGGGUGUGCAGUGCACAUUUUCACGCUAGCCAGUUUAAGAGACCAUCUGAUGUCCAUGCGGGAUUGAAAUGGAAUGCAGUGCCCACCAUGGUUAAAGACCCAGACCCGCCACUCCCAUUGGACUUGAGGUUAAGGAGAAAGCGACCAAAGACGCGUCAGGAGUUACCACUAAAGAAACGCCAAAAAAAAAUUGUUUGCCUGUCAUAUGCAGGCUCAUCCACUGCAGACAGUGUUCAACAACCCACUGAUUCAGAGACAGCUAUUACCUCACCUGAUGCUUCUGCAGCAGGACCUUCGAUGCCACUGACACCACUGUUGCCAACAGGCCUGGAAGCUUCUGACAAGGAACGUGUCCUGAAGAUGAAGAUUAGGAAUCUAAGGGUACAGGUGUGCAAACUCAAGGCGAAAAUGAGGGAAAUGAACCAGCUGAAGAAGACCGGGAAUGCCGGUGCUAAUAAGGGGUCAGUGAUGGAGCAGUUGAAGAAACUCUUACCAACCAAAACAUAUGCUUUUGUGAGUACACAGAUACGUGCGUCUCAGCGGAAGGCUCGUGGUUUUCGAUGGACCACUCAGGACAAAGCUUUCUUCUUGUCUCUGCUACGUGCCAGUCCACAAUGUUACGCGCUACUGUUGAAAGUGUUUUCUAUGCCAUCUGUCCGCACACUGCAGAAGCUUAUGAAGUCUGCUGCAGAUCCACCAGUCACUGCUAAUGCGGGAGCCGGAGCUGAGCAGGUCGAGCAGCCAAUGGACUGUUUACUAGACAAUCAGUUUGAUUCCCAACAAAUAUCUUCUUUAAGUUCUGGUGAUCAUGAACAGUGAUGCUGUGCUGGAGUCUGAAGUCUGAAGUCAACAUCCCUGAGGGUGUCCUACCAAAACGUGUGUCCUGAACCUGCUGAGAUGCAUUGCUGUGUCUGUUAUCCUGUAGUUGCCACAUUUGGACACAGUGGCUAUGUUUUUUGUUUUUGUCUCUUUUACAGACAUUAAAAUGCAAAAACUA